CAGAAGCUUCGUAUGCCUUGCUUUUUGAAUUCAGGUCGAGCGAACUGUUUUGUCCACGGGCGUACAAUGUCCCAAACAAAAUGGAUUAUGCAGACAAACAAUUAAUUCCGACAACCAAAGUUAAUUUCGCGUUUUCAGUAUGCAUUAGAUAAGAUUUCAACCAGGAGUUACGCAAAUAUUUGUUUGUUGUACAGCAAACAUAUAUAUAUAUUUACUUUUAGAGACAGGAAUAACCUGCAGAUAGCAGUGUCAAUUCAGUUAGCCAACCGCUAGCUGAACUGGUCGGCUAGCCAGUUUGCAACUGUCACCUGCGAUUAUUUUUUUGUUAUUUCCAAAGCUUUGGGAUUGUGCCACCACCCUUGUCACACUGCCAUGGCUGACAGCAGCAUAGUUACUUUGGGGAUGGCUCGUAGCCUGCUGGUGGACUCCUCUGUGUAUGACUCCAGGUUGGCUGAGACUACUAAGGAUGUAUUCCUGAGUUUGGACUCUGAAGACAUGGAAGAGAUGCUGCAUCGUGUCGAAACCAGAGUCGUUCUUGUGGGAGAAGCUGCCAAAAAUGGAGCACUUGUUAAAGCACUGCAGGAUAUCAAUGUGCCUUGCAUAAAGACAGACGAUGUCAAAGAGUUUGGAAACGGAGAAAACACAGAGUUUGAGACUGUGUUCGUGCUCACAGACUUUGCCUCGCCUGACUACAGCUACCUUUACAAACAUGACAACCGGAUCGUGGGCCCCCCGGUUGUUCUGCACUGUGCGGGACGAGAGGAGCCCCUGCCAUUUUCCUCUCGUCCUUUAUACUCGACCACCAUGCUCAACUUGUCACUGUGUUUCACUGGUUUCCGCAGUAAAGAGGAAGUUAAAAACCUGGUGAAUCUGGUGCAUCACAUGGGUGGCGCAAUCCGUAAGGACUUCAGCACUAAAGUCACCCAUCUCAUUGCAUACUCCACUCAUGGCGAGAAGUACAAGCUUGCUGUGUGUAUGGGCACCAUCCUUCACCCAACAUGGAUCCAUAAGGCCUGGGAGCAUAGAGAUGAUGUUAAGUUCCAUGCUGGAGAUGAAGAGUUCCGCACAGAGUUCAAAGUUCCCCCUUAAGACUGUGUGCUGAGCUUCCUGGGCUUCUCAGACGAAGACAAGACCAACAUGGAGGAAAGGAGUCAAACAUGGUAUUGGCGGCAGCUACCUGGAGGUUGAGAUGAGAAGUGCACUCACAUGGUAGUGGAGGAAAACUCUGUUAAGGAACUGCCAUUCGUUCCGUCAAAGAGACUUUAUGUUGUCAAACAGGAGUGGUUCUGGGAGAUACAGAUGGAUGCCAGAGCAGGGGAGUCCAUGUACUUCUAUGAGAAGAUGGACAGUCCUAUGAUGAAGAAGGCUGUGUCCCUGCUGUCCCUCAACACACCCAACAGUAACCGGAAGAGGAGGCGUCUGAGGGACACUCGCCAGCUCACCAAGGAGACGGAGAUCUCCCCCUUCCCUCCCCGCAAGAGCGCUUCUGCCGAGCACUCCCUGUCCAUUGGUUCUCUGCUGGACAUCUCCAACACCCCAGAGACCUGCAAGACCCUGGCAGAACACUCCCGGCCGUCGAAGAGCUCUACACCUGCUGUCCUGAAGCAGUCUGCAAGAUGGCAGGUCUCCAAGGAGUUAUACCAGACAGAGAGCAACUAUGUGGAUAUUCUCACCACAGUCAUGCAGUUGUUCAAACUCCCCCUGGAAAAGGAAGACCAAGUUGGAGGACCCAUUUUGGCUCAGGAAGAAAUUAAGACCAUCUUUGGCAGCAUCCCAGAGAUCUAUGAUGUACACACCAGGAUAAAGGCCGAUCUGGAAGAGCUGGUUAUGGACUGGUCUGAGGACAAGAGUGUCGGUGACAUCAUUCUCAAAUACUCUAGAGACCUGGUGAAGGCUUACCCACCAUUCGUCAACUUCUUUGAGAUGAGCAAGGAUACGAUAGUGAGGUGUGAGAAGCAGAAGCCACGUUUCCAUGCUUUCCUCAAGAUCAAUCAGUCGAAGCCCGAGUGUGGGCGGCAGAAACUGGUGGAGCUUCUGAUUCGCCCCGUGCAGAGACUGCCAAGCGUUGCCCUCCUUCUCAACGAUAUUAAGAAGCAUACUGCCGAAGACAACCCUGACAAAAUCACUUUGGAGAAGGCAAUCGAAUCACUCAAGGAAGUUAUGACUCAUAUAAACGAAGACAAGAGAAAGACAGAGGGACAGAAGCAGAUCUUUGAUGUUGUCUAUGAAGUUGACGGCUGCCCUGCCAACCUGCUCUCGUCGCACCGCAGCCUGGUCCACAGGGUGGAGACCAUCGCCCUGGGAGACAAACCCUGUGACCGAGGCGAAAAUGUCACACUCUUUCUCUUCAACGACUGUCUCGAGAUUGCCAGGAAGAGACAUAAGGUGAUCAGCACAUUCAGGAGUCCUCUGGGCCAGACGCGGCCUGCAGCCCAACUCAAACACAUCACCCUCAUGCCUCUGUCCCAGAUCAGGAGGGUCUUGGACCUGCAGGAUACAGAGGAUUGCCAUAAUGCCUUUGCCCUGGUGGUGCGCCCACCCACGGAGCAGGAGAAUCUUCUCUUCAGCUUCCAACUGACCACUGAGGACACAAUGAAGUCAACCUGGCUGAAGAUGCUCUGUCGCCAGGUGGCCAAUACCAUCUGCAAGGCUGACGCGCAAGAUCUAAUUCAGUGCACUGAGCCUGACUCUGUCCAAGUGAGCACAAAGGAUAUGGACAGCACGCUGAGUAAAGCCUCUAGAGUCAUCAAAAAGACUUCAAAGAAGGUAACGAGAGCCUUUUCCUUCACCAAAACACCCAAACGGGUGAUCCAGAGAGCCUUCAUGGCCAACAGCACCCCAGAUGACAAGAGCCCUGGCCCUAGCUCUGAGAACAUGAGACGUGUGGGCAGCAGUGCCACCCUAUCUGCGAUGCACUCUCCCUCCAUGGUCAACCUGCCAUCCAUGUUUGAGAGGAAGUACCAUACGUUCAGUCGCUCUACAACCCACCUGUUCUGAUUGACUCAGAGGGGAUAAACCCAGCACGCUGUUCUGCACCGUGCACCCCUCACUAUAAUUCAGUUAGAUCACCUUUCUGCAAUGGUACUGCUGAUUGGCAUGUUCUGUAAGUGUUUUAAUUAACACAAGUUCAGGCAGAUAUUGUCCGACUUGGAAAAUGAAGGAUGUAUACCCUUGUAUUUAGUGUUUACUUGCAAUGUUACAAGUUGACUUCGUGUGUUAGACAUUUUAACAUAUGUAAUAAACAGCCACAUGUAUAGAGAAGAUAUUCACUGACAUUUUAUAUAGUUUUGUCGUAGAGGUAUAUAAUUCACUGAAUGAUUAACCAAUGAAACUAUUUCUUUGUUUUAUGGGAACAAGCCUGUUGGUUUCACUUACUAUAGUUUCCAGCUUUUAUAAAGCUCUUGAGAUGUUUUUACUUUUUAUACAAAUGAUCAGGAAUAGUGGAACAAAAGCAAACAAGCUGUAAGUCUGUCUGUUUGCUGUAGUUUUUAGGUGAUUAUUUUGUUGUCAAGUGGUUGUUUUUGUUCAGAAGGGACUAGGAAUGAUACUGCAGUACAUAUUUAUCCUCUAUAAUCAUUUUAUAAGUCUAUAAAAAGUAUCUUUCUCUCUUGCAAUAAUGUGUAAAUGUGCCUCUAUCCUGUUUGUCUGUCAUUAUCGGUACUGUAUCAUCUUCCAAUGUAUCUGUAUCCAACGCACUUACACAUGUACAUGAUCCAACUUUAAGCUUAUUUCUAGUGGUUUAUUCAGUUAUAGGGUGUUGUUCACUACUUUUGUCAACAGAUGAAUUAAAAAAUAAGCACCACCCCCCCAUCCCCAUUCAUCUGUAUUGAAUAGUGGCUAUUAUUAUACCGUCACUUAUGGUUUAGAAUUGAAUUAUUUUAAUAAAAUCCCUUGUAUUGAA